CUUCCCAAGCUCCAAUGUCCACGCCUCGGCUUUCCUUUGUUCCAUCGCGCGAUUCACGGAUACACUCUCAUUAACGUAAUCAUCCACGAUGUUUAAGACCGCAGUCAGGGCCGCGCCACGGCGCAUCGUGUCCUCCCGAACACAGCUCACCUCCAGCUCUUCAAAACGAUUGCUAAGCACAGCUCCACCAACACAGAAAUCUAGGGGUUGGAAGAGUGCUACCACGAGAUGGGGGCUAGCUGCUGCGGGCGUGUACUAUUAUAAUACCAGCAAUUUGUUUGCGGAGGAGCCAGAAGCUGCCAUUCAACGGCUAGAUGAAUCAAUACAACAUGCCCAAGAUUCGAGGCAGCCGACGAUAGAUGCGAUUGUUGAAGAGAAGAGACAGCGGGAAGCUCAAACAGAGACGGAAGAGCAGAAGAGGGAGCGGGUAGCGGAGAAGAUUGCUGCUGAGGGACAAGAUGGUCAUGUUCAGGAGGGAGAGGAGGAAAUGGAGGGCUUAGAGGCGGAGGCUGAUCAGCAGGGGGCCUUUAAUCCGGAGACUGGGGAGAUCAAUUGGGAUUGUCCUUGUCUUGGUGGAAUGGCACAUGGUCCUUGUGGGGAGGAGUUCAAGGCGGCAUUUAGCUGCUUUGUGUACUCAAAUGAGGAGCCAAAGGGUGUGGAGUGCAUAGAGAAGUUCAAGGGCAUGCAAGACUGCUUCCGACAGCAUCCAGAGAUGUACGGAUCAGAAUUAGAAGACGAUGAGGAUGAGGUAGAAGAAGAGAUUCGGGCACAAGAAAGCGAAAAGGCUUCCAGUGAAGCAUCAGCCAAGUCAACAACUGAAUCAGCACUGGAGUCCUCGAAAGAGGCUCUAUCCCCACCCGCACAAGAGAAGAAGGCUACACCAGACGCUUCACACCGAGAUAGCCAAAGUACUACCGCAGCCGAAACGCAGAAAGCAGGUGAUGAGGGUGGUGAUCUAGUGCCAAAGGCUUCUUACGAUGCAACUUCCAAAUAGAUUCGAAGGUUAUGGGGUUCUUGUAUCGACAUACCAUGUACCAUACCAAAAGGCACAAUAUGCAUUGGGAGGCGUAAUUAUGUAAAAUACAAAGAACAAAUCUCCUAGACUUAUGUCGAUCAAUAUCCUUGCAGA